UCUUUCCUUCCCUAAAAUUAUUCAUUGGCCAGCCAAAUUUUUCCUUCUUCCUUUUGUGUCUUCAAUCAUUGAAGCAAGACAUAGCAUGCAAAGAACAUGAAGUUCUCUGCACUUUCACUAGGCCUGUUGGCCCUUCUUUCGCCCCUCACCGUAGCAUGGUCCGCAGAAGAUCGUGAAAUCUUCCGCGUCCGUGACGAGCUCAUCGCUGGCGAGGGCAAGGAUGUCAACUUCUACGACUACGUCGGCGUGGCCCCGUCCGCAUCUGUUGACGAGAUCGGAAAGGCUUACCGCAAAAAGUCACGUCUUUUGCACCCGGACAAGGUCAAGCAACAGCUGACCGCUGAGCGCACACGCCAGGCGAAGGAAGACAAGUCCAAAAAGCCCAAGCCUCCGACCCAAGCCGAGGUCCGCGCAGCGGUGAAGAAGGCCUCGGAUCGCCAGGCCCGCCUCUCCAUCGUGGCCAAUAUCCUCAAGAGCCCGUCUCGCGACCGUUACGACCAUUUCCUUAGCAAUGGCUUUCCGACUUGGAAGGGCACCAACUACUACUACAAUCGCUACCGGCCCGGCCUGGGAACAGCCAUGUUCGGCGUGUUUCUCUUCGGCGGCGGACUUGCGCACUAUUUGGCGCUUUACAUGAGCUGGAAGCGCCAACGUGAUUUUGUCGGCCGCUACAUCAAGUUUGCCCGUCAGACCGCCUGGGGUGACAACUUGAACAUUCCCGGCGUCGAGACCCGCGCUCGCACCCCCCCGCCCCCGGUCGCUGCUGACGACGACGAGGGAGCUGGCCCCGCAAUGGCUAUGAACCGUAAGCAGCGCCGUAUGCAAGAGCGCGAGACCCGCCGCGAGGCGUCCAAGGGUGCCGUCUCUAGGACGGCUCGUCGUGCCCGCGGCAGUGCUGCCCCCAGCGGAAGCGCUACCCCAACGCCACAGGGCUCGGGCCCCACAGGCGCAAAGAAGCGUGUUGUCGCCGAAAACGGUAAAGUCCUUGUCGUCGAUUCGCUCGGCGAUGUAUACCUCGAGGAGGAAAACGAGGAAGGACAGGUCGUUGAAUACCUGCUUGACCCGAAUGAAAUCCCUCAGCCUACCAUCCGCGACACUGCUCUCGUCCGUCUUCCCAUCUGGGCUUACAGCCGGACGAUUGGUCGUGUACUUGGCGGCAAGAACUCUGAAGAUGAUGCUGCAUAUGACGAAGACGCCGAGACGACCCCGCUGAUGGACGACAAUGAGGACUCUGCCUCGGAGCCUGGAAAGCGCACUCCUAGCACAGAUUCAGCUGAGGACUUUGAGUUGGUAGAGAAGUCUGUUGACUCUCUGGGUCAAGCCAAGUCGAGCGGCAAGUCGAGCGGUAACAAGCCCGGCAAGCGCAAGAACAAGAAGAGGUAGACCAUCCGGGUUACACGUGUGCGACGAAUUGGGAGCGAUUUGACGGGGUGGCAUGAAAUGUGUAAAGAGUCAAUUGCUCUGUCUUGACUUUGGCCAAGCUUUAUCGCCCCUGUUGAGUCUCUACCCAUAUGAAUUCAUGUAUCGCUGGUGCAUAAAUUUAUUCUCUUUAGUCUUUAUUCUUUAGGCUGGUUAGGCUUUACUCGGCGACAAAAGAGGAUCUCUUCUCUCCUCUCUUUGGUCUGGGAUGCUAUAAAAUCUCUAUUAAAUGGGGGAAGAGAGGUAUCACAACAACAGAAACAACGAUGGAACUGUCUACCUAUUGAAUCGGUGAAUUGGUGAAUCGUCAUGCAGUCCAGUCCCUCCUCCUGUUGUCUGACUUGGCAGUUCUUCCCUUAUUCUUGUUGUAUACCUGGGGCAGGAUGACGGCUAGCGCGGCGACG